UUUCCAUCGUGCUGUUGUGACGGUCAAUCGUAUCAGAGUGAGUCGGAGUCGCAGAGAGAGAGAGAGAGAGAGAGAGAGAGAGAGAGAGAGAUUGCGAUCCUCGCUCCGUUGUGAAGACGAUAAUUCUCGCCGAUUCGUCGCCCAGGAACGCGAAGACGCUAAGGUGCCUCAGGAUGGCACAGAACGUGAAUCCGUUUAGCUCGAUGCAAAACACGCCGACCAAGGCAACCGAAGAGAAGCAGAGUUUGCCGAAGGACAAUCAUGCAGUCAGUAAACGAUUGCAGAAGGAACUCAUGGUGUUGAUGAUGAGCACCGAACAGGGAGUAUCUGCCUUCCCAGAAGGAGAAAAUUUAUUUAAGUGGAUUGGGACUAUCACGGGACCAAGAGAUACGGUAUACGCCGGUCUCACCUACAAAUUAACUUUAGAAUUCCCACAUAGCUAUCCGUAUAGUGCUCCCAUAGUACGCUUUGCUACACCUUGCUUUCAUCCAAAUGUAGAUACCGGUGGUAAUAUCUGUCUAGAUAUAUUAAAAGACAAGUGGAGCGCACUGUAUGACGUCCGUACCAUUUUACUCUCCAUACAAUCUCUUCUUGGUGAACCUAACAAUGAAAGUCCACUUAAUCUUGAAGCAGCAGAGUUAUGGAAUAAUCAGACGAAAUACAAAAAGUAUCUGAUGGAAGAAUAUCAUAGGGCACUCGAUCGAACACAGAGCAAUCGUAAUCAACAAGAUUCAUGAUAAGUCAUGACCGUAAAUUCAUUUUGAAUCAUUUAAUAUUAUUAUUCUUACGAGUGGUAGGAUUAUAAUUAAGUGUACAAUUAAUCGGAACUUUCUGCACUUUUUUCGAGAUUCAUUAAGCACUGUCGAGUUUACAUUGGAUUGUUUUUCUGUCAAAAGAAUGACAAUGACAAAAUUCUUCAUGAAUUAUGUAUAUGUAUUUAGCUUAUCUCGCAAGAUUUUUGUAGAAAGACUUUUGUAAGAGCAAUUAUAAAUUUAUGUAAUCAUCGACAUUAAGACAAUUGCACUACAUUUAUUUAUUUACCAUAUAGAAACAUGUGCGUUGGUUUUUCGAUCAUUAUCGUCAUCGUCUGUACAUUACAUCUAUAUUUGAUGUUUGUUUC